AUGGAGUCGUAUGGAAGCAUCCCGCUUCACUCUGGCAGCCAGGCCAAGCCGCUUCGCCAAAGGUUCAACUUGUGCCCGUUGACAUACUGCCUUUUCGGGCCCUGGCUUGUGUUUGUGGCGAUCCUUGGGGUCCGCUCCUUCCAGCUGCGGCACAAGCACGUGGCCGUUGCGAACGCGCUGACGGCUGCUGUAUGGCUCUUCACCCUGUGUGUGGGGUUCUUUGCCUUGGAUCGAACCGCGCGGAAGUUUCGUGGGGAGGUCCUCCAGGCCUCGUGGAUGAGCUUCACGGCCCUGGCCAUGCUGCUCGCCGCCUUCUGUGGAACUCUGACAGGGGAGUACAACUAUCAGGUGAACAUGUCGCCAUACUUUGAUGUGGCAAUGUUGCAGACCUACCUGGACGUCGAUCCAGUAAAUGCAAGGGGCGAGCACCUCAUGGACGCGGGGCGCAUCGUUUUCACCAAGGCAUCCCACCUGGACAUCAAGCGCUCCAUGGGGUUCAUGGACACCGAUGUCUGGUGUGUUGCGCCCAUCACCACGCGCGACCUGGACGGGAACAGCACAGUUCCCGCCAUCGCUGACUUCUGGGCCGUCGGGAAGAAUUGCUGUGCGGGCAGCGCAGGAGGCGACUUCCGCUGCGGUUCGUGGUCAGAUCGCUUCGCCCACGGCGGGCUCCGCCUGCUCGACGAAGCGGAGCGGCCCUUCUACAGGCUGGCGGUCCACCAGGCGCAGGCAGCCUUCAACCUCCAGGUGCUUCAUCCCAUCUUCCUGCAUUGGAUGCCUGAGCCUGUGGAGGAAGUCGAGGCGUACAAGAAGGGAGGACACAGGCAAGUUUCACCUAUCUUCGAAGCCAUGACAGACCCAGCGCGUGGAAGCCAGGAACAGUUCCAAGCAGCCUUCCAACAGCAAAGGGAGUUCUACGCUGGCAGAACGGAGAUCCGUACAGUACAGGGGGCGUUCUUUGAGGAGCACAGUCGCAAGAGGCGUGAGCCCCCCACGCCGGUCGCCUCAGGGCUGACCACACCGCAGGAGGGCACCCCAGUUCCGACAGACGGCCCGGUGAGUGGAUUGGUGGUACCAACCCUUCUGGAAGAUGAAACGGCCUUCCAAGUCACAGCCGGUGAGUUGGGCGCAGAUGUGAACAACCCGCAAUCGGUGCAGCAGGUUUUGGCCGCUCCUGUCCACACCGCCAAGGACGUGUUGCGCAUCGUUCGUGGGUACCACAAGGCAGUGGUGCGUCCUGAAAUGUACGGCCUCGUGCUGCAGCUGGAAAGUGCGUUGCUCAAGGUGAACGACGCAGUCUUUAGCUGUCGCCGUGAACUGGCCUUCAUGACGGCAGACAAUCGCUCGGAGCAGAAGAGGUCGUGCGGCUUGCUACUGGUCACAACUGGCUGGCCCAACGGUCUCAAGCCGGAGCAACGUGAGUUCAUGAUCGGCUGGAUGAUUGAGCAGCUCCCAGAGGCACAGAAUUUCCUGCGCAACCGUGGGUUCCUUCGCGAGGAUGCCGACCACACCGCCCAACACGCGCAGAUGUGGUUCAAUAUCCUCAACACGGACCCUACCACGGUACCCCAGGGUACCUUCUGGAGUGGAAUGACGAUGCUGCACUUCAAAUCCUGGGACCUUCGGCAGGCAUUUUUAAAGCGGUAUGGAGGGCAGGGUGGAACCCCUCUCUACACCGCCCCCACGGUGCCAAUCACCGGCAAGCACGUCCGCGUCUCACCUUGUUCACCUCAGUGGCAGCGAAAACUAGAGAUGCCACUGAGGGUCGUCAUUUCGGUGCUGAAUGCACACCCUGAAACACAGGGAAAGAGGCUCAUCAUCCUUUGGAAAAGCCUCACAAUUAUGGAGCCAGUCGAGGGUCCGGACUUUAAACCCGACCACACCGCCUGGUGUCGGCUUUUUUACGAGGAAGCCGAAGGCUCCUUUCAGGCCCGGUUGGAGACGGCCACACCGCUGACCCGUAUCAUGCACUCUCCUCCUACCACGGUGGGGUGUAAGGAGGAGACGCUUUUUGCAGAACACUGGAAUACGGUGAUCUGGGGCACGCAAUUCGAGUUGGAUGAAAUGGAGCGUAUCGCUUACCGGCAGGCCAAGAAUGAUGGCCACACCGCCGGAAAAGGGACCUUUGUGGGAAAAUCCCGCAAGCAUUGGUCCAAUGUAGUGCUCCACAACUCCUAUUUCUCGCCGUACCCUUUUGAGCUCCAGCACAACGCAGUGGAGCAAGUUGCGUUCGUCUGGGACGAACUUUGUCAAAAGAUGGGCGUCCCAGAACAACAGGUGGGCGACAUUGCAGCCGCCACCUACCAAGGGAAGCCCGUCGCACCCGACGCCGCUAGCCACACCGCCGCGGCAGAGGACGUAGAGAUGGAACGUUCCGAGAACCCUUUUGCAAAGGCCCCACCGCCCACAAGCAAGGGCGCAGGCAAGCAAGGCCACACCGCCUGA